AUGCCUCCUAUACGACGGAGCAACCUAGGUAGAAGAACCCGAAAUGCUACCAACCAAGCUAAUUACCGAUCUAACCAAAGUCCUCAAGAACGUGACGACCGAAAUGAACGUGAAAGAAUUCGGAUAUCACAAACGUGUGAAGCGCGAACGCGAAAUUCAACUAAUAAUCGCGAAAGUUUGAAUCGAGCUGCUUUCAGUUACGAUGUGUCAAUUGACUACAGUAACUACCAGUGUGUUGUUAUUGGUUCUAUGAACUCGGUUUGCUCACACUGUAAGGCAUUAAAAUACAAAAACGAAGCCAAUGGAUUGUGUUGCGCAAAUGGUAAAGUGAAAUUGAUACCAUUGGAUCCACCACCAGAACCAUUGUACUCAUUGGUUUCAGGAAUAGGAACAGAUUCUAUACACUUUUUGACAAAUAUCCAACAAUAUAACAAUUGCUUUCAAAUGACUUCAUUUGGGGCAACAAAUGUAGUUCGGGAAAAUUUUAUGCCAACUUUCAAGAUACAAGGGCAAAUAUAUCACAGAGCAGGUUCACUGUUACCAGUGUCAGAUAGCGACAACAAAUUCCUUAAAGAGGUCUAUUGUAGAACAAUUACAAACUUUAUUUCAUCAACACAAUCAAUUGAUUAUAUGUUUAAAACUGCCCUGGAUCUGAUGCCAUCCGAUAAUCACAAAAUUGUAAUCAGAGCUGAUAAAACACCUGCAGGUCAACAUACAAGACGUUUUAAUGCACCAACUAUUGAUGAAGUUGCUAUCGUUGUAGUUGGAGAAAACUUGGAAUCCCGUGAUAUUGUUUUACGUCGUCGGAAUGAUCAAUUACAACGUAUAAAGGAAACACACCGCUCAUAUGAUGCACUGCAAUAUCCCAUUAUAUUUUGGCAAGGUGGAGAUGGCUACGAUUUCUCAAUAAAAAUGAUAAAUCCCAUUGCAGGUUCUGAAACCAACAAAAAAGUCAGUUCAAUGAACUAUUAUUCAUACCGCCUAAUGAUUCGGGAAAAUGAAGAUAAUCACAUAUUGAAAUGUCGGCGAUUAUAUCACAAAUAUGUUGUUGACAUGUAUGUUAAAAUUGAAACGGAGAGAUUAACAUUCAUCAGGUUGAAUCAAACCAAACUCCGAUCUGAAGAGUAUAUUCACCUUCGAGAUGCGAUUAAUACUGAUGGAAAUGCACAGAAUGUCGGUCGGAUGACUAUUCUUCCAGCAACAUACAUCGGAAGCCCUCGGCAUAUGCACGAAUAUGCUCAAGAUGCCAUGUCGUAUGUUCGUCAUUAUGGUACAGCAGAUUUGUUCAUCACAUUUACAUGCAAUCCGCAAUGGAUAGAAAUCAAUCAGGAGUUAUUCUCUGGGCAAUCACCCAUUGAUCGUCAUGAUAUUACAGCCAGAGUCUUUAGACAAAAGUUGAAAUCUUUAAUGGAUUUCAUCGUAAAACAUAAUGUGUUUGGUGAGACACGCUGCUGGAUGUAUUCUGUGGAGUGGCAGAAACGAGGAUUGCCACAUGCACACAUUUUGAUUUGGUUGGUUGAAAAUAUAAGGCCAAAUGAAGUUGAUGCAGUGAUAUCAGCUGAAAUCCCUAAUGUACAAGUAGAUCCUGGAUUGCAUGAGGUAGUUAUCAAAAACAUGAUACAUGGUCCCUGUGGAACUCUUAAUCAAAAUUCACCCGGUAUGAUGGAUGGUAAAUGUUCAAAACGAUAUCCACGGACAUUAAUAUCGGAAACAAUUACUGGUAAUGACGGUUAUCCAUUGUAUCGUCGCAGAUCGACAGCAGACAAUGGAAAAUCAACAAUUGUCAAAUUAAAUCAACAAGAUAUUGAAAUAGAUAAUCGUUGGAUUGUUCCAUAUUCACCCAUUUUAUCAAAGACAUUCAAAGCACACAUCAACGUUGAAUCUUGCCAUUCAGUGAAAUCUAUUAAAUACAUUUGUAAAUAUGUAACCAAAGGGAGUGAUAUGGCUGUGAUUGGAAUUGGUGCAGAGAAUUCCAAUGAUGAAGUUACCCAAUACCAAAUGGGCCGCUAUGUCAGUAGUAAUGAAUCAGUUUGGCGAAUAUUUUCUUUUCCUAUUCAUGAGAGACACCCUUCUGUUGUUCACUUAGCUGUGCAUUUAGAAAAUGGACAAAGAGUGUAUUUUACAGCACAGAACGCAGUACAAAGAGCUGCUCAGCACCAUCUACUACAUUAA